AUGCAGCCAAACAUGGAGCAAACUUACCGAGUUGAAAAUUUUGAUCCCAAAACCGACGAGAAAGAGCAGCAACACCUUGACUUACCUACGGAGCAAACUUACCAAGUUGAAAAAGAUGAUCCCAAAACCGAAGAAGUCGAAGAGCAGCAACACCUCGAAUCACAUAAACCUAUAAAAAGAGUUGAGAUAAUUAAAUGUGAUGGAGAGCCAAGUCCAACCGCUUCAGAAAUUCUACGUGAAAUCAGUGAGCAGAAACGAAAGUGUGACAAGCUAAACAAAAGGUUAGAGUCUCUUGCCACCUGGAAUUGGGAAGAGGUUAUCAAUGUCAGCAGCGAAGAUGAUCCAAAUCCCGAUUAUGAGAUGGCUGAUACUGCAGAUUCAAUGGAGAGUUUUUGGAAGAAAUCUAAAAUUCCACGAGUUGAAAUACGUACCCGUGAACGAGUUGUUCAAUUCGAUUCCGUCUAAAGCUUUUCAUGAUUUAAAAUUUUCCAUUAUGUAUAUACAAUGAUAUAAUU